AUGACGACUGACGAUUCGGAAUACAUUCUCGCCGCAUUGGAGAGCUGCAAUGAAGGCGGACAUGUGGUGUUCCCGGCUGGUGUCACCUAUGUCGUUGGAACGGCACUCGAUCUUACAUUCCUGAAACACAUCGAUAUCGAUAUCCAAGCCUAUAUCCAAUUCACCAAUGAUACGGAUUACUGGCGGGCCAACGCUUUCGACCAGACUUUCCAGAAUGCGACGACGUUCUUCCAGCUCGGAGGCGAGGAUGUGAAUGUCUACGGUGGAGGCAUGUUGGACGGGAAUGGACAGGUGUGGUACGAUUUGUAUGCCGAGGACAUUAGCAUUCUGCGGCCGGUCUUGUUGGGCACGAUUGGAUUGCAGGGUGGGAUGGUGGCGGAUCUGAAUUUGAGGUAUUCGCCGCAGUGGUACAACUUGGUGGCGAAUAGUUCCGAUGUGGUCUUUGAUGGGAUUACGAUUAAUGGGUAUAGUCAGAGUGAGAAUGUGGCGAAAAAUACGGAUGGGUGGGAUACGUACCGGAGCGAGAAUGUGAGUGUCCCGUUGGCUGGGGAGGGAAUGGAUGCUGAUGUUGCCCAGGUGGUGAUCCAGAACUCGAUCAUUAAUAAUGGGGACGACUGCGUGAGUUUCAAGCCGAAUAGCACGGAAGUUCUGGUGCAGAAUCUGCACUGCAACGGAUCGCACGGGAUCAGUGUGGGUUCCCUUGGCCAGUAUGUUGGGGAGGUAGAUAUUGUGGAAAACCUGUUGGUGAGUAUCCGAACCCGUCUCGCACGAGCCGGAGAUGCUGAUGAGUUGCAGAUCUACAACAUCUCCAUGUUCAAUGCCUCGGACGGUGCGCGCAUCAAAGUCUGGCCCGGCUCUCCCGCCGAGCUCUCCGGCGACCUCCAAGGCGGUGGCGGUACCGGCCGCGUCAAGAACGUGACCUACCAAGACAUGACCGUCACCGACGUCGACUAUGCCAUUGAGAUCACCCAAUGCUACGGCCAAACGAACUUGACGCUCUGCAAUGAGUAUCCAUCUAAUCUGACCAUCAGCGAUAUCUUCAUCAGGAAUGUUUGGGGCACGACGAGCAGCAAAGUCGAACCGAUUUCAGGAUAUGUGGUUUGCAGUAGCCCCAGCGUGUGCUCGAACAUUACUCUCAGCGAUAUUACGGUAAUGGCGCCGGAUGGUACAGAGAACGAGUUUACGUGUGGAAAGGUAGACGAGAGUCUGUUGCAGGGGAUUAAUUGCACGAGUACGGACAAGGGAAGCAACUGA